ACUCCAAGAGUGUAUGCCAAGAAGCUUAAAUCGAACGAACGAACGAACAAUAGUGGCGUAUUCCAAGUUUUUUGAGAAUAGGAAAUUAGAAUGAAAGCAGUUUUUAAAUUGUCCCCAAUAAUAAUACUUAACACAUUGUGGACAAUGACCGGUUAUGCGGCGCCGCUGCUCGAUACAAAGGAUAUUUGGAGUCAAAAUAUCUUUGCACCUGUAAUCAAAACAGCAUGCUCUUCUGACGGACAAUGCUGGGGAUGGUUACCGCUAUUGGAAACGCAUGAUGGCAAUGUCAUACUAAAAGAAGAUAACGAUAUCUCAAGAUUGCAAUCUCGGCGCCAAGUAGCAACCCCGGUAUCUGAAUUUAUGUUGAGAUCAUGGAAAGAUAAUACGUUAGAUAAUACGCAAGAACCGGGACGGGAGAUUCGAGCAUCUUUGUCAACAAACAAGCAGAUGCCUAUUAAAAUCACAAAAAAAGAUGUAUUCGUAUCUCGUAAUUGGGGUGCCGGCGGCAUGCCUUUCUCUGUUUUAUAUAUGAGUCCACGAUCAAAUCAUGCUGUUACAACAUCGACGACUCAACGACAAGAAUCGAGUGUAACAACCGAGAGUUUGACAUCUUUCGCAGAACAUCCGAAUUCGCGUAUUGGUUCACGAAAUGGUCAAUCUACCAUACAACCAAGAAAACAGUAUUGGACCAUACCACAGCUGUUUAUAUCAUACGGCUGGGGAAAAUAAAAACAAGUAACGCUGAUGUGUGAUAUAAUG